AUGUUACCAUCAUCGGAUGAAUCAGAUGUUCAAUUUCAACUUUAUUUUCUCGAUUGUGCCUCAGAUUCUAUUAUUCGUUUAUCAAAUGAUAAAUCAAUUAUGAAUCAUUUAUUUCGUUCAGCAACAAAUAAAGUUCAUAAAUUUGAAAAAAAAUAUCAAAGAAAAGAAUCAAAUCGUGUCACCGAUAUUGAUCAACUUUCUUUAUCAUACAAUCCUACUUCAUUUUCAUCAAAAACUACCACAAGACAUCCAUCAAUAGAAAUUACAAAAAAUGAAAAUUCUAAAAUAUCAAUACCAAUUAUUAAAUCUGAAUCCAGUACUCAAUCACCAUCAUUGAUUGAAGUUAAAACCGACACAAAAGUUCUUAUCCCUAAAGCACCACCAUUACCAAAUUCAUUCGAUUUAGCAAUUAAAUCACAAUCAAAGUCAUUGAAAACAGCACUUAUCUCACCCAAUCAAGAGACUUUAUGGUCAAAAGUAGAAAAUUACGAUGUCGCGGGUUAUGUUAAUCAAUUGAAUAAACUAAUAAAUGAAAAAAAUUCAAAUAAAAUGAAUGAAUCAAAAAUCAAAACGAUUCUCGACAAUCGGCAACCGGGCUCUUAUACAGGAAAGCAUUUUGAAAAUACCGAUGAUCUCGUGGCUUGGAUAUACCAGCAUGCACAAUCAUUGCAAAAUGGACCAAACGAUCCUGUGAUGAGUUUUUGUAAUGAUUCGUCACAGUUGACGUCAUUUUUACCGGUCGGUCGUUCAAUGGAAUCAACCAAAUUCGAUCCAGCCAAAGAUGAUGGAUAUGCAAUUACAAUGCUUGAUUGUGAUCAAAAUUCGGACAAAGAAAUAUUUUAUGAUCCUAUAAAUUCUGAUUCAAUUUUUAAUUUCGGAUCUGUUGAAAUAGCAGAUUUCAUGUCUAAUAUUCAAAUACAACCUACAUUUGAUUUUGAUCUAUCACCAGCAUCACCACCCAUGAAAAAACCUCGAAAAAAAAAGCAAAAUCGAAUACUAUCAAAUUUACCACAUAUAGAUGUACGUGAAUGGUUUGUCACGGAUGAGACCAGUGGCAGAUCACGUAGACCAUUAUUGCAUGAAUUUCUUCGACAAUUACUGAACAAUAAAAAUUACUCUCAUAUUGCUGCAUAUAUUGAUAGAAGCAAAGGCAUUUUCAGAUUUUAUCAAAAAAAUACUGCUGCUGAACUAUGGCAACGCGUCAAAGGUCGAAAUUCCGAUUCAGUUAUGACUUAUGAGAAAUUAGCGCGUGCUAUUCGUUAUUAUUACAGCAGUGGAAUAAUACAUCCAACUCCAGGACGUUUUACAUUUCAAUUUGGUAUUAUAUUGGCAUUUAAUAAACGUAGUCCUAUUGAAAUAGCUGAAGCAAUAAAAACCUUUAAUUUGGAAUUGAUUUCAGUUGAACUCAUUCAACAUUUAAUUCAAUAUAUACCUAAUGAUACCGAGAUCGAUGCUUUUCGUCAUUUGUCUAUUGAUAAAGAACAAUUAUCUCCAGCAGAUCGACUUAUGUAUGAGAUUAUUCAAAUACCAUUUUAUAUGGAACGAUUAAAUACAAUAAAAUUUAAAUUAAUCUUUGCUGAUAAUUAUCAUUUAUUAAAUGAUCAAAUGCAUAUCAUUAAUGAAGCUUGUAGUUUUUUAUAUCAAUCAAAUCAUAUUAAAAAAUUACUUGAAAUCAUACUUUCUAUAGUUAAUCAUUUAAAUCCAACAGUAAUACAUCAAGUUCUUACACUUGAUGAUUUAUCAAAAAUAUAUGAUUUAAAAACAUCAAAAACACAUAUACCAAUUAUGAAUAUUGUUUCAGAAAUAUGUAAUGAUCGUCAUUCAGAAAUAUUUGAUAUUAAAGAAAAUUAUAAAUCAAUUUUAUCUGCAAGCAAAAUUGACUUAACUUUAAUUAAAUCUGAAAUCGAACAAAUGAAACAAGAAUUUGAACAAAUUGAAUUGUGGAUAAAUAAAUUCGAAGAAAACAUCCAAAUUCAAAAAUUUCUUCAUGAUUGUCAACACAAAUUACAUGAAAUAAUUCAAUAUUAUGAAAUAACAAAUGAUCAAUUUCAUAAAACUGUUUCUUAUUUUACAAAAGAAAUAACAACAUCAACUAGAUUUUUUUCAAUUUUUGCCAAUUUAAUUCAUUCAUUAAAGAUCAAACAUCCAACAUUAUAA